GUCAAAAACAUACGGUCAAUAGUAGUUCAGACAUAUUAUUGUGUUUUGAAGCUAACAUUGCCUUGUAAUAAAGUUUUGAGACAUCUGAGAGUAAAAAUUAUUAUGUAUUGAGAAAGAUGGAGGAAAAGAAAUCUAUCCUACAUGAACUAUACGUGUUUUCUGAAUGGAAACCAGAGCCAGAAUAUAUACAAAAGCCCGAUAGUAUAUUACCUGAGAAUAUAUCUGCUCUUUGGAGAUGGGUAAACUUUCUGGGACCAAAAAAAAGUCUUAUCGACGGCGUAACAGCACAUUUAGAAAAACAACAAAAGUGGCAUAUUGCGUUGGGAGAUGAGGGCAAAGUAAUUGCUGUGUUGACUGACAACAUCUUGGAGAUACGUACGAAACGAUCUGAGUAUGCAACAAUUGCUGCUAGAACAACAGUGAGCCGAGAUGCCUAUCCGCAAUGGAGAAAGUUAGUGUGGAGCCCUGACUGCUCUUUAGUGGUGCUGGCUUAUGGAAAUGGAGUAGUCAGCUUCUUUGAUUUGACUGCAUCUAACCUUUUUAACAUUCCUAUUGAUUGCUCAAGACCUGGUGGUUUAGAAUGCACAGAUAAUACUCAUGCUGUGGCUGACAUUAUAUUUAUGCCAUUGCGAGUAAAGGAGACAAAAUGGAACUGGGAGGUGGUGGUCGUGACGUACGACGGCAAGCUGCGCGGGUACCUGGUGUCGCAGACGGACGCCUGCAAGCUGCACCACUCCUUCCGAUUCCCGGGCGGGGUCGCCGCGCUCAGGUACUGCGAGCCUCAUUCCACUAUGUAUGUUGCUGGGGUACCCAGAGGAUCCGCCAAGGAGCCGACGAGCGCCUUGAGCGCGGGGCUCACGGCGUGGCGCAUCCUCAACGAGGAGCCGUACUACAAGCUGUCCGUCGUGUCCGACGACCCCGACGCGCUCGCUGCCGAGCGGUUCAACUUUUACGUGCCCUUUGGGUAUUCUAGCAAUCUGGCUUUCAUAGUCCAAAUGGAGAUCUCUCCGGACGGCACAAGGCUUGUUUGUCUGCACUGCAAUGGCGACGUGUCGGUGUGGCGCCUGCCUCUACUGAAGCUGGAGUACCGCUGGCCGCUCGGGAGUCAGCCUCACCACGAUCUCAGGAACCCCCUCGCUGGAGACGAGAAGCCAGGAAAGAAGAAGGAUCUCUCCGUGUUCUACCCGGCUGAUAUCAACUGGUGGAGUAAUGAGGAAAUAAUAGUAUCGCGAUUUAGUGGAGCAGUCACAAUUUGCGAUGUCGAAACGAUGGCUAACAUUCUGGGGAAGAAACCUGAAUUUUUCCAGGGGACGCCGCAGGUGACGCGGGCGCACGCCGGCGCGCUCAUGGUGCUGGAGUGCGAGACCAACGUGUUGCCCGCCAAGAAGGCGCGCAGCGAUGACUCCAUGGAAGUGGUAAAGGUUGAAAGUGAUCCCGAAGACACGAUGCUCGAGCUGGCGAAGGAGCUGAUCAAGUCUGUGCUGUACGCCAUCACGGACAUCGAGACGUUCCAGCCCAAGCCGCGGCGCAUCACUGUAGUGUCGCGCGUCUACCGCUUGCUCGGCCUCAGGAGCACCACGCCCUCUGAACUGUUUUCUAGGAAGAUAGAGAGCGGCGCGUACGGCGAGGCGCUGGCGCUGGCGGACGCCUUCCGGCUCGACAGCGACCGCGUCUACCAGCAACAGUGGAGGACCAACCCCGUCUCCAGCGACGCCAUCCACAACUAUCUGAGCAAAGUGUCGAAGAAGAUCUGGGUGGUACACCAGUGCGUGGACCGACUGCCGGAGACUUUGCCCGCCGCCAAGGAAUUGCUCGAGUUCGGCCUCCAACUCACCAACGACACUAUCAUGGACGAGAUCAACAAAGAGCUGGAGUCCCCGCUGGCGGGCCCGGGGCAGGUCCGGCCGGAGCACCUCAACGCGUACACCAGCGAGCUGCUGCGCUGUCGGCAUGUCAUGCUGUUCUACAGGGAGAGGCUCCGUCUCUACGAGGUCUACUGGAAGAAAUUCCAACAGGAAUAA